CGGUGCCGGCAGGCGCCCGGGCGGCGGCCCGCGCCACUCGCGAGGUUAUUUCAUGGAAUGGGCCCUUGGAGAACACACAAGGAUUGAAGCUUUAUCGGAAAACAGAUCAUGUGGCCUUCAGAUUCAGGAAUGAGGAGAAAUGCAGCCAUCUGAAACGGUCAUGAACCCCAAACAGGUCUUCCUGUCUGUGCUGAUAUUUGGAGUGGCAGGGCUACUCCUCUUCAUGUAUUUACAAGUCUGGAUUGAGGAACAACACACAGGGGGAGUGGAGAAGAGAAGAGAACAAAAAGCAACUUCAGGAUGGGAGCCAGUAAAUUACUUGCAACCUGUACCCAGAAUCAUGACUACAGAAGAAAUCCGGGAAAAUAAUAUCAACCAGAAGCCCAAGUUUCUUAUCCCUGAGGAUCUGAGGGAGAAAAACGAAAAUCUUCUACUCAACCCCGAGAAGACUACUAAGGUCUUGAUGAAGACCAGCCAAGAUCAAGCUUUGAGUAAGACCACAAGGUCAGCGUCAAAUAAGUUGCUUGAAAAACAUCAACGAGAUAAUACUCUUUUCAAGAAGUUUAGCACGAUGAAUUGGCCCUUGGACAUUCGCCCUUUAAAUAAAAGUUUAAUCAAAGACGAUACAUGGAAGAAAACUGAUGAGGCCCAAGAGAGACGCAGGUCUUUCCUUCAGGAGUUUUGCAAGAAGUACAGUGGGGUGAGUCGUCCUCAAUCACACCUUUUUCAUAUGGUAUCCAGAAUCUAUGUAGAAGACAAACACAAAAUCUUAUAUUGUGAGGUGCCGAAGGCUGGUUGUUCCAACUGGAAAAGAAUUCUGAUGGUACUAAAUGGAUUGGCCCCCUCCACAUACAACAUCUCCCAUGACGCUGUCCACUAUGGGAAGUAUUUGAAGAAGCUAGAUAGCUUUGACUUACAAGGCAUAUAUACACGUCUAAAUACCUACACCAAAGCUGUCUUUGUCCGGGAUCCCAUGGAGAGAUUAGUGUCAGCAUUUAGGGACAAAUUUGAACACCCCAAUAGUUAUUACCAUCCAGUAUUCGGAAAGGCAAUUAUAAAGAAAUAUCGACCAAAUGCCUGCAAAGAAGCAUUAAUUAAUGGAUCUGGAGUCAAAUUCAAGGAGUUCAUCCACUAUCUGCUGGACUCUCACCGUCCAGUAGGCAUGGACAUUCACUGGGAAAAGGUCAGCAAACUCUGCUAUCCUUGUUUGAUCAACUAUGAUUUUGUAGGGAAAUUUGAAACUUUGGAAGAGGAUGCCAAUUACUUUCUACAGUUGAUUGGUGCUCCAAAAGAGCUGAAAUUUCCCAACUUUAAGGAUAGGCACUCUUCUGAUGAAAGAACCAAUGUCCAAGUUGUGAGACAGUAUUUAAAGGACCUGACUAGAACUGAGAGACAAUUAAUCUAUGAUUUUUACUACUUGGACUAUUUGAUGUUUAAUUAUACAACUCCAUUUUUGUAAUUUGCCUUCAUUUUCUAAAGCCCCGUAUUUACUAAAUAAUGAUUAGUUCAAAUCAGCUACUGUAAUUUUCCUGUAAUUCUCUGUAUGAGAGGAACUUAAACAAUUGCAGUUGUCUUGAUUUAAUGAAGAUAUCUACCAAAUCGUAUGAUACCAAUUGGCACAAAAUUAUAGGAAACUCACCUAAAAGAGACAUGUAAACAACUCGAGUUGCUCUAAAAUGUUUAAAAAAGAGCUUUUGCAUUAUGGAUUGUGUUGUUGAAGCAAUAACCUAGCCAGCUGUUACAUUAGCUAAAAUAGCCUCUUGCAAUGGCAAGAGAAAGGAUUAAAGAGCAUGAGAGUCUGUCUAUAUCCUGGAAUUUAUUGUCUAACGUGCAUGAAUAUAUUUUUAGCCAUCUACAGCAUAUUAAUCAAACCAUUGACUAGUUUUCUUACGUGCUGGAAAUCUUUCUAUCCACCAUAAUGAUAAAUCCACUUUGAAAAGAUACUUAAGAUUUAGUCACUUUACUGUAGAUUGAAAGGCAUGUGAUUUCUAGUACAAGAAUAUAGCAGAAAAACCAGAUGAGGCCACGGCUCUUUAUAUUCGCCAGCCAAUAAAAAAUGCACAACAUGCUAAGAUCAAAGCAA